AUGCUUUCUUUUUUCGUUGCUUUUAUCUUAUUAUUUUUUGGUUCGAGUUUUCAAGCUUCUUUUCAGACUUCGAAAGAUUUGAAGGUAAGAUUUUAAUUUUACACGUCUUUAUAAUUUUCAUUUGGCUUUUUUUGUAGUUUUGUUUUAUAUGUGGCAAAAAUGAGUGAUCACAAAAAUGUGAAACUCUGAAAAACAUUUCUUCCAGAAUAUGGAAGAUUAGAAUUUAAAAUUUCAAGAAUUUAACUGAUUUCGGUUUUUUCUUACUUAUGAAGUAGUUUUCUGAUUUUUCCAAACAAAAAUCAAAAAAAUCCAAAAGGUCACUUUCAUUAAUCUGUUCCACACUAUAAAUAAAACUUGAUAGAAAAUAAUGAUUGAUUGGGCAUUUUUCCAGUUAUUUGAUAUCUUGAAACCAUCCGAUACGCAUAGACUUUUUGAUACUUUACAAUAUACAGUUGAAGAACAAUAUUCCAAUUCACACUUAUCUUUUGUAAGUUUAAUUAUUACAAUUAUCUCAUUUCCGUUUUUUGUUCAGGAUGUUUCAACAUUUCACAAUUAUGCAGAAAAACCAAUUUCGAUACAAAAACUGAACUCGAAAUAUAGCGAUGUUUUAUAUGAAGGAGAUAUGGCGAUAUCUUAUAAGCAAUUAGAAAAAAUUGUAAAUGGAACAGUUGAUGAUGAUAUCAAAUUUAGAUUGAGAAAGUUUUUGAAAAUGCCAAUUCGACCUCGUCGACAAGCAUAUCUUGAUGAUAAUUAUCCAGCUACAAUUUGGAAUUCUGGUGUUCCUUUUGUUUUUCAUUCUUCAUUAAGUUCAUUAGCAAAAGAUGCAAUUCUUCGAGCAAUUCAUUUUUGGUAUCGAGAAACUUGUAUUGAAUUCAAACCAAGAACAUUUCAAGAAGAAUAUUUAUUAUUUGUUGGAAAUGAUGAAGGAUGUUGGAGUACUGUAGGUAAAGAUAAAGAUUCUGGUAAACAAGUUGUUAGUAUUGGAACUGGAUGUGAACAUGUGAGUCAUCACAAAAUAUAUAAUUAUUUAAACAAAAAAUAAGUUUAGUUUGGUGUAACAUCUCAUGAAUUAGCACAUGCUUUGGGUUUAUUUCAUGAGCAAUCAAGAUAUGAUCGAGAUGAUUCAAUAACUUUCAAUCCACGUGUUGUUGACACCAAACUAUUAUUUAAUUUCGCUAAAAUUUCUUCAAAACAAUUAUCAACAUAUAAUGCACCAUAUGAUAUUGGAAGUGUUAUGCAUUAUACACCAACCGAAUUUUCACAAAUAAAAACGAUUCCGAGUUUAACAGCAGUUGAUUCAAAUCUUCAACAAACAAUGGGACAACUUGAAGGACCAUCAUUUAUUGAUAUUCUUCUUGUUAAUCAACAUUAUAAAUGUCAAGAAAAAUGUGCAAGAUUAGCUGAUUGUAAAAAUGGAGGAUUUACAAAUUCGAGAAAUUGUCGCAUUUGUAAAUGUCCGUCUGGUUUUGGUGGUGAUCUAUGUGAAAAUGUUCAGAAAUCUUUUUCGAAAUCAUGUGGUGGAAUUAUUCAAGCGGAAAAGGUUAGUCAAAAUGACAAUAAAAUAAUAAAGGUUUUUUUCUAAUCGAAAUGUUUUCAGGUUGUUCGAAGAUUCGAUAUGACAAUCAAACAAGAAUUUCAGAAAAAGGAUAAAAUGUGUGCGUAUCAUUUACAGGUACAUCAAUUCAAUCCAGAGACAGAUUUUUUUUGUAUUAAAUAAUUAUUUUCUAAAUUUUCAUUUUUUCUAGUCUCCUCCAAACACCAAAAUCGUUAUCAAAAUCUUGGAACUCGAAUCACAAUGUAUUGAAGGUUGUUGGAAAGAUGGAUCAGAAUUCAAAAUGCGAAAAGAUGUCAGACCUUUAGGAUAUCGAUUUUGUUGCCCAGACACUUCAAAACGCGAAAUGGUUUCAGAUAAUAACAUUGUUCCAUUUAUGCUUUAUUCAAGAGAUCAAAAAUUUAAAAUUUCUUUUGAAUAUAGUUACAGUAAGUAUUUAUUCAAAGAUCACAGUAUUCAUAAUUAUUUGUUUUUUUUUGCAGUUGACAAUUUUGUGCAAAAUGAUGAUAUUAUAUCAACAACUCCUAGGACAAUAAUAACAAGUACAAAUGAUCUUUCAGAUGGAAUACAUUCACAAAUCUCAAUUUGA